GCCCCACGGGAUCAGAGCGCUCCCCCGCCGGGACUCCGCUCCUCACAUCCUCCUGCUGGGACCCGGCUACAUUUCCAGCCAAGCCUGGCUUUAUUAUGUGUCUCUGCAGUGCAGCCCCAGCAGCCGGAUCGGGAGGAGGAGAGCCAGCGACCACAAAGAAGACAGGAGCGCAAGGGAGGCUGGCGGGCGGGCCGGCGCCGGCUGGAGCGCGGAGGAGCCGGGGCGCAGCCGCCGCCGCCACCGCUGCCCGGGAGGACGGGAACCCGGCAGCCGCCUGCUCAUCCUCCUCCACCACCGCGGCCGCCACCCCCCCCCUCUUCGAGCCCCUGGCCCAUGGAGGCAGCUAGCGGGGCCGGCGACUUGGCACCGGCCUGGGGAUCGGCUGCGCGCCGCGCGCUGAGCACCGCAGCCCGAGGGCAGGCAGCGGCGGCCCGGCGCACGGGCUGAGCAAUGCCCCGGGUACCAGCGUGCCUGCCCGCCGCCGCCUGAGCGCCCCCGCGCGCCCCUUCCUUCUCCGGGGGGCGAGCGCCGGACCAAGCCGAGAGCCAGAGAAGGGGGCGUGAGCCAGGGGCCCCGAGCUGCGGCUUCCGAGCCACUGCGGCCGUUUCGAGCCCCCCAAAGUAGGCUGAGUUGAGGGUCACCCCUCCCCAUCCAUCAUAAUCUCCAAACCAGGCGUUUGGGUAUUUUUUUAGCCAUUAAUAUUUAUUAUUUCUUGGUGCGGCGGGGGAUAUUUGAAGGCUUUUUUUUUUUUUCCGGGGGGCACUGAGCUUCCACGCUCACGACCGCCUCCCGGUCUCCUCCCCCACUGAGACCCCUUCUAUUACAGCCCCGUUCCCCCUCCUCAUAUGGGUUCAUUGUGAGCUCCGCACCGGGCUGCGUGGCCGGACGCCUGCAAACUUUGCACAAAAAUCCGGCAAGGGGCGGAGGAGGAGAAGGAGGAGGAGGGUGAGGGUGGCGGUGGGAGGGAGGGGGCCGCAGGGGCCGGGGGCCGGCGGGGGGUGGGGAGGAGGAGGGGGGCGGCUUUUUUUUUUUUUUUUUUUUUUUUUUGCAUAACUCGGCUCGGCCGAGUGGCCUCCGGACUCCCCGCGCCGCUGGGACCGCCACUGGGACCGAGAGCCCCCAACUGCCGCAUUGCAACAGGCAGGGCCCCGGCGCGCCCCCCGGGCCUCCCCCCGCCCCCGAGUGUCCUCGGCCAGCCUGGGCCGAUCCCCCCUGGAAGGCCGCCCCGGACCUGCGAUCCGUUCCCCACGGCCGCCGACCCGGCUGCAAAAAAAAAAGUUUCCGAGAGGCAGGCGGAGGAGAAGGGGGAAAAGGGCAGCCCGGAGCGGCGGGGGGCGGCGGGGGGAGCCGGCCGCGGAGGGCGACGGAGCGCCGGGAGCCCCGGACAUGUCCAGGCGGAAGCAGGCGAAGCCGCGCUCGGUGAAAGUUGAAGAGGGGGAGGCCUCGGACUUCUCGCUGGCCUGGGAUUCCUCCGUGACAGUAUCAGGCCAUGGGUUGGAACUCCCUAGAAAUGUGAAAGUCCUUUGCAAAGUCCCACAAUGGUCCCACCCAAGGCUGGCUGAUGGCACAGGAGGCCUAGAAGGAGAGCCGGAGUGUGAUCGGAAAACCAGCCGUGCGCUGGAAGACAGGAACAGCGUGACAAGUCAAGAGGAGAGAAAUGAGGAUGAUGAAGACAUGGAGGAUGAGUCAAUUUACACCUGCGAUCACUGUCAGCAGGACUUCGAGUCUCUGGCAGACCUGACGGACCACCGGGCCCACCACUGUCCUGGAGAUGGUGACGACGACCCACAACUCUCCUGGGUGGCCUCGUCUCCCUCUAGCAAGGAUGUUGCGUCACCCACGCAGAUGAUUGGAGAUGGGUGUGACCUCGGCCUGGGUGAGGAGGAAGGGGGCACGGGUCUGCCAUACCCUUGCCAGUUCUGCGACAAGUCCUUCAUCCGCCUGAGCUACUUGAAGAGACACGAGCAGAUCCACAGCGACAAGCUGCCAUUCAAGUGUACCUACUGCAGCCGUCUCUUCAAGCACAAGAGGAGCCGUGACCGGCACAUCAAGCUGCAUACGGGCGACAAGAAGUACCACUGUCACGAGUGCGAGGCGGCCUUCUCCCGCAGUGACCACCUCAAGAUCCACCUGAAGACGCACAGCUCCAGCAAGCCUUUCAAGUGUACCGUCUGCAAGCGUGGUUUCUCCUCCACCAGCUCACUGCAGAGCCACAUGCAGGCCCACAAGAAGAACAAGGAGCACCUGGCCAAGUCAGAGAAGGAGGCCAAGAAGGACGACUUUAUGUGUGACUACUGUGAGGACACCUUCAGCCAGACUGAGGAGCUGGAGAAACACGUGCUCACCCGCCACCCCCAGCUCUCUGAGAAGGCCGACCUGCAGUGCAUCCACUGUCCCGAGGUCUUCGUUGAUGAGAACACGCUGCUCGCCCACAUCCAGCAAGCCCAUGCCAACCAGAAACACAAGUGCCCCAUGUGCCCCGAGCAGUUCUCCUCAGUGGAGGGCGUCUACUGCCACCUGGACAGCCACCGGCAGCCGGACUCCAGUAACCACAGCAUCAGCCCCGACCCCAUGCUGGGCAGUGUGGCCUCCAUGAGCAGUGCCACACCAGACUCCAGUGCUUCUGUGGAGCGCGGCUCCACCCCGGACUCCACAUUGAAGCCACUGCGGGGCCAGAAGAAGAUGCGAGAUGAUGGCCAGGGCUGGUCCAAGGUGGUCUACAGCUGCCCCUACUGCUCCAAGCGGGACUUUAACAGCCUGGCUGUGCUGGAGAUCCACCUAAAGACCAUCCAUGCAGAUAAGCCACAGCAGAGCCACACGUGUCAGAUCUGCCUGGACUCCAUGCCCACCCUCUACAAUCUCAACGAACACGUCCGCAAGCUGCACAAGAACCACGCCUACCCUAUGAUGCAGUUUGGCAACAUCUCUGCCUUCCACUGCAACUACUGCCCCGAGAUGUUCGCCGACAUCAACAGCCUGCAGGAGCACAUCCGCAUCUCCCACUGCGGCCCCAACGUCAACCCGCCUGAUGGCAAUAACGCCUUCUUCUGCAACCAGUGCUCCAUGGGCUUCCUAACUGAGUCCUCCCUCACAGAACACAUCCAGCAGGCCCACUGCAGCGUUGGCAGUGCCAAGCUGGAGUCUCCAGUCGUGCAGCCCACACAGUCCUUCAUGGAGGUCUACUCCUGCCCCUACUGCACCAACUCACCUAUCUUUGGCUCCAUCCUGAAGCUCACCAAGCACAUCAAGGAGAACCACAAGAACAUUCCGCUGGCCCACAGCAAGAAGUCCAAGGCAGAGCAGAGCCCGGUAUCAUCUGAUGUGGAGGUAUCCUCCCCAAAGCGACAACGGCUCUCAGCGAGUGCCAACUCCAUCUCCAAUGGCGAAUAUCCCUGUAAUCAGUGUGACCUCAAGUUCUCCAACUUUGAGAGCUUCCAGACCCACUUGAAGCUGCACCUGGAGCUACUGCUGCGGAAGCAGGCAUGCCCACAGUGCAAAGAGGACUUUGACUCCCCGGAGUCCCUCCUGCAGCAUUUGACAGUGCAUUACAUGACCACAUCCACCCACUACGUGUGCGAGAGCUGUGACAAGCAAUUCUCCUCGGUGGAUGACCUGCAGAAGCAUCUGUUGGACAUGCAUACCUUUGUGCUGUACCACUGCACCCUGUGUCAGGAGGUAUUUGACUCCAAGGUGUCCAUCCAGGUGCACCUGGCAGUGAAGCACAGCAAUGAGAAGAAGAUGUACCGCUGUACAGCCUGCAACUGGGACUUCCGCAAGGAGGCUGACCUUCAGGUGCAUGUCAAACACAGCCACCUGGGCAACCCGGCCAAGGCACACAAGUGCAUCUUCUGUGGGGAGACCUUCAGCACCGAGGUGGAGCUGCAGUGCCACAUCACCACGCACAGCAAGAAGUACAACUGCAAGUUCUGCAGCAAGGCUUUCCAUGCCAUCAUCUUGCUGGAGAAGCACCUGCGGGAGAAGCACUGCGUGUUUGAUGCUGCGACUGAGAAUGGCACAGCCAAUGGGGUGCCCCCUGCUGCCACCAAGAAGGCUGAGCCUGCUGAUCUGCAGGGCAUGCUGCUGAAGAACCCUGAGGCACCCAACAGCCACGAGGCCAGUGAGGACGAUGUGGAUGCGUCAGAGCCCAUGUAUGGCUGCGACAUCUGUGGGGCGGCCUACACCAUGGAAGUGCUGCUACAGAACCACCGGCUGCGGGACCACAACAUCCGGCCAGGCGAGGAUGAUGGCUCUCGCAAGAAGGCAGAGUUCAUCAAAGGCAGCCAUAAAUGCAACGUGUGCUCGCGGACUUUCUUCUCGGAGAAUGGGUUACGGGAGCACCUGCAGACGCACCGGGGCCCUGCCAAGCACUACAUGUGUCCCAUCUGUGGCGAGCGGUUCCCCUCCCUGCUGACGCUCACUGAGCACAAGGUGACCCACAGCAAGAGCCUGGACACGGGCACCUGUCGCAUCUGCAAAAUGCCCCUGCAGAGUGAGGAGGAGUUCAUCGAACACUGCCAGAUGCACCCCGACCUACGCAACUCACUCACAGGCUUCCGCUGUGUGGUCUGCAUGCAGACAGUCACCUCCACGCUGGAGCUCAAGAUCCAUGGCACCUUUCACAUGCAGAAGCUGGCGGGAAGCUCGGCUGCAUCCUCCCCCAAUGGCCAGGGGCUGCAGAAGCUCUACAAGUGUGCUCUUUGCCUCAAAGAGUUCCGCAGCAAGCAGGACCUGGUGAAGCUUGACGUCAAUGGGCUCCCCUAUGGCCUCUGUGCCGGCUGCAUGGCCCGCAGUGCCAAUGGACAGGUGGGUGGCCUGGUCCUGCCCGAGCCUGCUGACCGGCCCUGUGCCGGCCUCCGCUGCCCUGAGUGCAGUGUCAAAUUCGAGAGUGCCGAGGACCUGGAGAGCCACGUGCAAGUGGACCACCGUGACCUCACGCCAGAGACCAGUGGGCCCCGGAAAGGCGCCCAGACGUCGCCAGUGCCCCGGAAAAAGACAUACCAGUGCAUCAAGUGCCAGAUGACCUUUGAGAACGAGAGAGAGAUCCAAAUCCAUGUUGCCAACCACAUGAUAGAGGAAGGCAUCAACCAUGAGUGUAAGCUGUGCAACCAGAUGUUCGACUCCCCAGCCAAGCUCCUCUGUCACCUCAUCGAGCACAGCUUUGAGGGCAUGGGCGGCACCUUCAAAUGCCCCGUGUGCUUCACAGUCUUUGUCCAGGCCAACAAGUUGCAGCAGCACAUCUUUGCUGUGCAUGGGCAGGAGGACAAGAUCUAUGACUGCUCGCAGUGCCCACAGAAGUUCUUCUUCCAGACCGAACUGCAGAACCACACGAUGAGCCAGCACGCACAGUGAGGGACCGCUCGACAGGACACCUCUCCGCAGAAGGCUUGCCGGAGACGCCGUGGGGAGGGCCAUUUGAACAUUACAUCCAAUCAAAGUGUCAUUUGCAACCCAGAUGUAAAACUCUAAUGAUUUGGCCAUGAGGCGCUGCUAUUAUAAGCAGCUGGAAAUGAAUAUUAAUGGCAGAGAUUAAAAGUAUUCCAUGCUCAGUAUUUUUUAUUGUCCUGCUACAGCUAGUGUGCUUUUAGAGUUUCCGCCGAAGACUACAUUUCUAGAGUUAGAGAAACCCGCUUUUUGAGGCUGUUGUCCUUUGUUCCUUCAUGUAUUAUAUUGAUAGUUUUUAAAAAAGGAUUAGUGUGAUUUUUUUUUUCCUUUGCUUCUUUUUUUUUUCUUUCUUGUUUUUCUUUUCCCCCCUUUGGUUAACUACUUUUUAAUUGCAAUUCUAGGUAAUUGUGCAUCGUGAUGUGAUUGCUUGGCUAUUGUCUGAAUAUUUCCUUUUAAUUUUUUAAUUAAAGACUAAUGCUUUGAUUGGAUUUGCCAGUUCACCGGACAGUGAUUAAAACUAUGUAAUGAAUAUAAUCGGUUUCAGUACAACUGGAUGGUCUGCUUUUAAAUGUGACUUAAUCUGACUGCAGUAACUAGUACAGUUCAAUAAAGGGAAUCCAUGCGA